AGAGAGAGAGAGAGAGAGAGAGAGAGACAGACACACACACACACACACACACACACGCACGCACGCACACAGAGGGAGAGACUGAAUCCUGAGCGAAAAGCUCGAGAUAGCCACAGAAGUGAGAAGUGCACGAGCUGGCAUCAUGCUUCAUUUUCACCAAACCUUCAGAUGUUUUGUCUUUUUUUAAAUCUUAAAUUCAAGAAACAAUAAUAGAAAAAAACACAACAACAACAACAACAACAAGGCGUUGAUGGAUUUGCACAUCCCACGCUGAACAUCUCGAGUCGCUCAUGACACGAACCUGCGCGCGCGGAGCUUUCGCGCGGAGGUGCACGGAGAGCGUGCGGAGCGCGAGCGCCCCUCUUAAUCUCGCCACUUCUAUUCUCGUUUCCGCUCCAAACAGAAUUUGUAUUGAUUUAUUUUGUAUAAUAUUUUUCCUUCUUUUUUCUUUUUUUUGUAACGUCCUCACUUGAUGGAGUGAUUCGGCGCAGACGUGUUCUGUGAGCAGCAAUAAAACCGGAGCCAGCGGAGCAGCGCGAGCGCGCUGACUGCGAGUCUGCAAUAACCAACAUUUAGUACAAAAAAAAAAAAAGAAGCAAUAAAAAAAUUCUUCUGCGCCGUGAAUGAACGAGAUUCGUCGCUCCAGGAGACAAACUUGAGUGGAGAUUUCGUGUAUGUGCGUGUGUGCGUGUGGGGGUGAGUGGGUGUGCGUGCAUGCGAGCGCUCUGGUGUCCGCGCGCGCGCGCCUACGUGUAAAUGACCGUGGCCGCGUCUUCGUCUUGCCCCGGCGCUUGUGAGAGGGGCUUUUUUUCUACCCCCGAAUCCGCAACUUCUGAAUUCCGACCCCGUGCACAUGUUCAGGAGUCAGGAGUCGGGAGAGCAGAUCGUGUUCACCUGUUGUCCGCACACUGUGAUGAGUUCCAGCAUUUAUUUGACUGAAUACGUCUGUGUGAUUUUUUGAUACUGUCUCUUGUUUAUGUUUUUUUUUUAAAGAAAGAAGAAAGCACAUAAUAUUAUCCAAACUGCCUUGGACAUUAGUUACUGAGAAUAUAUUUCCACUGCCGCACAUGGAGAAGAGCCAGCCAUGGACCGGAACCGGUUUUAUUUUUUGACUAUUUAGGUCAUAAAGGAAUUGCUUUUCUUACAGACCCUAGAUUUGGAACAGGUCUUUUUUUAUUUGCACUAUCAUGGAAGUGCCGCCGUGCUCUAAGAAGAGCCUGUCUCUCUCGUUGCCGGUGCCUCGGGAAGGUCAGGCGACCCUGAAGCCUCCUCAACACCUCUGGAGACAACCACGAACUCCGAUCCGGAUCAAGCACCGCGGCUACUCCGACACGGAUCGCCAUCAUCACCCGCACAUGGAGCGCGCCGACGCCAUGGACACGAGCGACCGGCCCGGUCUCAAGAAGUCCCGCAUGUCCUGGCCAUCUUCUUUCCAUGGUACCACAAGCACAUCAACCGGGAACUGUGCUGGGAACAAACGUUUUGAAAGUGAAAAUGGACCGUCUCCUGGCCGCAGCCCUAUGGAUUUGCAGGCGAGUCCGGGGCUUGUGCUCCAUCCAUCCUUCCCCCAAAGUGGCAGGAGGGAAUCUUUCCUCUAUCGCUCCGACUCAGAUUAUGACAUGUCACCUAAGACCAUGUCCCGCAACUCGUCCAUCAACAGUGAGGGCCAUGCUGAGGACCUCAUAGUCACCCCUUUUGCUCAGGUGUUGGCCAGUCUCCGAACUGUCAGAAGCAACUUCACCAUCCUAGCCAAUGUCACGUCGCCUACUGACAAGAGGUCGCCAGUUACAAGCCAAUCAACAGUUCCACCAGCAACGCUCUCUGAAGAGACAUACCAACAGCUGGCACGGGAGACCCUGGAGGAGCUGGACUGGUGUUUGGACCAGCUGGAGACCAUCCAGACACAUCGCUCUGUCAGCGAAAUGGCCUCCAACAAGUUUAAGAGGAUGCUAAACAGGGAGCUGUCUCAUCUGUCUGAGAUGAGCCGUUCAGGGAACCAGGUGUCUGAGUACAUCUCCACUACCUUCCUUGACAAACAAAACGAUGUGGAGAUCCCAUCCCCCACCCUGCGGGAGUGUGAGAAGCCUAUGUGCCAUAUUAGUGGCGUGAAGAAGCUGACACACAGCUCCAGUCUGACCAGUACGGCCCUGCCACGAUUUGGAAUCAAAACAGAGCAUGAGGACGCACUGGCCAGGGAGCUGGACGACUUGAAUAAGUGGGGCCUUAAUAUAUUCCAAGUGGCUGAGUUUUCCAAUAACAGACCUCUGAGUUGCAUCAUGUUUGCCAUCUUCCAGGAGCGUGAUCUGUUGAAAACUUUUCGUAUCCCUGUGGAUACAUUUAUCACCUAUGUGAUGACGCUAGAGGAUCAUUACCACGCCAAUGUGGCCUACCACAACAGCCUGCAUGCAGCCGACGUCACACAGUCAACACAUGUGCUGUUAUCCACGCCAGCACUGGACGCUGUCUUCACUGAUCUGGAAAUUCUGGCUGCAUUGUUUGCUGCUGCCAUCCAUGAUGUGGACCAUCCUGGAGUUUCCAAUCAAUUUCUUAUUAAUACCAACUCGGAGCUGGCUCUGAUGUAUAAUGAUGAGUCAGUUCUAGAAAACCAUCACCUCGCUGUGGGUUUCAAGCUCCUCCAUGAAGACAACUGUGACAUUUUCCAGAACCUGACCAAGCGGCAGCGCCAGAGUCUGCGCAAGUUGGUUAUCGACAUGGUACUGGCAACAGACAUGUCCAAGCAUAUGAGUUUGCUGGCGGAUCUGAAGACCAUGGUAGAGACGAAGAAAGUGACUAGCUCAGGAGUGCUUCUGCUUGAUCAUUACACUGAUCGCAUACAGGUUCUGAGAAACAUGGUGCACUGUGCUGACCUCAGUAACCCUACUAAGCCCCUGGCAGUGUACCGGCAAUGGACAGAGCGCAUAAUGGAGGAGUUUUUCCGGCAGGGAGACAAGGAGCGUGAACGUGGGAUGGAGAUCAGCCCCAUGUGCGAUAAACACACCGCAUCUGUAGAAAAGAGUCAGGUGGGCUUUAUUGACUACAUUGUGCACCCUCUGUGGGAGACUUGGGGCGACCUCGUACACCCUGAUGCUCAGGAAAUCCUGGACACCCUUGAGGACAACCGGGACUGGUACCAGAGCACUAUCCCCCAGAGUCCCUCGCCCCCACCAAUCACCGACAAUGAGCUUGACUCCUGCACAGACAAGUUUCAAUUUCAGCUUACCUUGGAAGGUGAGCCAGUUCAGGAGCCUGGGCCCAAUCACAAUCAUAUAGAUUGCAUUGAACAGGAGGUGCCAAAUGAGCUGAAGGUAGGCGAGAAUCCUGGGGCAGAACAGGACGAUGAUGUUGAAGGGGAGGUUGUGGCAGUAGAGAGGGGCGGGAGGAGGCGACUGCAGGUUCAGUCAGUGGUCGAGGAAGAGGAUGAGGAAAGACAUUCAGAUGGGAGUCCAAUAGAGGAGGCAGAAGAUGAAGAGGAGUCGUCCUUUUCCCCCGGUGACGAUACGUGAGACUCCGUAGCCGUCAGGAAUGUCACAGGAGUGCAGGUGGUCCCAUGAGAACUAUCUCUUUUUUUUUUCUCUACCUUACCCUCUACUUCAUGGUCAUACCAUGAACAAAAUAAUAUUUCUGCACCAACUCAAUAAAAUUUUUCAUAUUAUUUUUCAUAUAAAGGGAAGACAAUAAUAUUAUCAGAGAAGUAAUUCACACAGCAACUGUAGAUUUGGUUUGGGUGCUGGGCCCCUUUUUAGCAGAAUGAAAGAGUUUGCAUGGAGGAAUACAGUUUUAGUGGUGUUUCAAAUGGGCCAUUUACACCAUGUAGCACUCUGGAUUUUUUGGUAGGUCCCCAUACACAUGUGCAUUUAUACCAACAUAUAGAUGCACACUUGCAUACCCACACAUCCACAAAACCAUUUCAGUUCAAUCUACUCGAAAGUGCACACACCUGGGGGAACUUUGAAGUGAUUUGGGAUCUCUUUGGAAAAAGCCAUCUUAAAAGGAAUACCAAUUACUUUUCAUCUCAGUAGAUGUCUUGAAGCUCAAGAAACAGCGUUUAAUGCGUUCUUAACAGAGACUGAAUUCCUCAGAAGUUACACGAUUUGUUCAAUCAGACUGACUUAUUUUCCAUUUCUGGCGGAAAGAAACCCAUAAGGACACCUGCUGCUUUGGCUGCUGCUGUGGAGGCGGGAGGAUGGGUGUGUGUGGCACAAGACUGGAUCUGUGACACAGGUCCAGCCCCCUUUUUUCCCUUUACCAGGAGUGCUACCAGUGCGCGAUGGCCACGUGCCUUUCCGAACCAUCAGCUUCAGCUCUGGAGCUGCCGUGAAGCAAUGCAUCGUGGGAUAGUGGUUUAAUUUUGUCUUCAUUUCUUAAUUGUUGCUUGUUUCAAUCUCUCUCUCUCUCUCUCUCUCUGUUGUGCAUAAUUAGUGUGUAUGUUGGAAGCCUUUCUGUUAUUGUGUUAAAAACCUCAUUUUAUUAUGUAAGGUCUUCCUUGGUUGCUUCCGUUCUCGUAGAACAUUUUGGGGACUGAAUAAGGGACUAGCCAUGGGAGUUUGCUCAUGGUCUACUGUCUCCCGUCAAGUUUAAUGCAAACAAGGAUAGUCACUCUUUUGAGAAUAAGCCAUGUUAUUCUUCGGAAUUUAUGAUUUUUUGCCUUCUUUUUGAAUUACAUUUCAGGAUGGUCCUGUGAGAACAGCGGAAAUCACAGAAUCCUUUCAAUAGCAGCACAGAUUCACUUUCAUCCGCUCAUAUAAUGCAGCCAUUGCUCCAUCGCAGCCAAUAAUAUUUUCCAUUUUGGCUUACCAAAGGAAUGGGUGGUAACUAAUACCUUGACUGAGGGGUGUGAUUGGUGGACAGUUGCAACUUGAACCAGUGGAACUGAGGGCAGGGAGUCACAUGCAGCCAUUAUUAAGUUCGAUGUUUUUAUGCCUUAACACUGCAGGGUUUUUUUGUAUGUGGCACUAUGCUGACUGUCCUGAGGCUCAUGAGAGAUCCCAGAAAAUCUGUGUUUUGUCUGUACACCUUCAAUAAAUGUCAAAUUGUUUUGUCUGUACUAAUAGUAAUAGGUACUUAAUUGAAUAGCCCAUAAUUAUCGGAAUACAUCCAUCUUCUCACCAAUGUCAAUGAGAACGGAUCAUAUUUCUGUUUCCAGGGUCUUUAAAUCUAGGUUGCAGUAAGCCUGCAUCAAAAUAAUGGGUUGUCUGUGACUCUGAAUGUAAGUGUUGACUGGGAAAUUGUGGGUAUUUUGUGAGAAAACGUCUCUUCUGUGUAUAUGGUGAUAAGCUGGUUUCUGCUGGUCAGUGCCCUAGCUUCAAGUGUGUGCCUGUUGCAACAGAACUUUGAGGUUAUAUCAAUACAAAUAUGGUAUCAAAGGUCUGAGAGGUUAUGGCUUUGGUACCUUGGUGGAUGGUUUGUAUCAGUUAGAUGUUAAACUGGCAUCUAAUUGGUGGAUUUUAGACUUGUAACCCCAAGGGAGGUUGAUCUGUUGUAUGAACCGAUGACAUCCCUACGUACAUUUGCAUAUGUUACCCAAGAAAAUGCUUCUGUUUGUGGCUUUUUUGUUAAUGAGGCAAGCACUUAAGCAAACAAAUACUUCUUGCCAUUUUAACACAAUACUGUAGCAAUCGUUUUUCUUAUAAAGAAAUGAAUUACUUGCUGCCAUUCUUUUUGAAUCUCAAAAAGAAAAGUUUUCUCUUUUUUCUUUUUCUUUUGGACAGUUUGUGUACAGUUUUUAUUUUUGUAUCAUGCUGGUUGGUGAUUGUGAUUUUGAGGAAAUGAUUGCAAGACUAUAAAUAUUAGACUUAUCACUGCUUAUUUUGUAUAUAUUGUAAUGUCAGUCUGUACAUUUAAAAUCACUUAGAAUUUCUCAUUGUCACUGACAGCUUAUUAUAUUUAGUUGUAAUAAAUUGUACAUGAAUGGUUGAAAUUUGCAGGAAAAAAAAACCUCUACAAUCUUUUUUCCUGACCCUUCUGUUUUUUAAAAUUAGAAAUAGACAAAUCGCACAACUGUUUUAUAUUUGAGUUUUGUUUGAAGGCAGCCUAAUAAUUUGUGAAAUCUUAAAAACCUGCACUUUAUUUUGGGUUGUGGGCUGGUUAGUCUAGGUUAAACAGUGUAUAGAUUUAUUGUUUUUUAUAGAAUACAAUAAGACUUGCACCAGGGAAGCACUACUCUUGGCUUGAUCCCAAACCUUUCGACCAUGUCGGCUUUCCCACCCUGCAACCUGACAAAAAAAUUAAUAAAAUAAACGACUCUGCAGUAAUACUCCACCUUGCAGAGGCUGGUUGUCAUGAGAUUCACAAUAGUUUGACUGAAGGUGUGUUUCAAGGCAGAGUCUGUGACAGAAUUAUUUGAUAAAGAUUGUGGCUGAAGUAGUCAAGGAUUAUUUGUACUUUGUCACUUUCUUCUCAUGAGAAUCCUUUACGGAAUGACUCUCUGGGCUUUAAAUAAUAUGUUACUUGUUAAUAUAUGAUGAUCAUAUAAAGAGAAAAAAAAACACAACAAAAUGAUUGUAAUAUUUGUAAAUGAUGUUGCUGUAAUGUGUAUAAUGUGUCCAAGUUAUUUUAUAUUAUAUUAUUUUUAUGAAAGUAUGUCCUCUGAGAAAACAUUUUGUGAAUACAAUGCUUUUAAUAAGCAAAUU